AUGGAUGACCUUGAAAGUCUUAGGAAACAAAACAAACAACUUGUACAGAGGCUGAUCCUUCCAGUGACCUUGAUAGUGUCAGGAAAACAAAAACAAAGCUUGUACAUAAUUCCAGCUGAUGGUCAGAGUAGAGAAGAUGCUUUUGUACUAGCUGUUCGUUUCACUCCCCCAACUGAACCCUUUACAAGUCCGCGCUUUUGUUUUGCUUCCAGUUCCCAUAAUGGACGGGAGACUGCCAGGGCGCCCCAGCACAAUCUCAGGACGCCAGAGAGACCGGCCCAGAUCGAACUGCCUUUGGUAUUCGAACCCAAACAACAGCAGUCAGACCCCUCAGAAUUAGAUGCACACGUCAAAGAAAUCACGAGAAAAAAUGGGAAUUUAAUAAUAGAAAGCAAGAGUUAUAAUAGUACCAUAGAAGAUAUGGAGUACAUAUCAGAAUUAGGUAAUGGCACAUCAGGCAACGUUGUCAAAAUGCUACACAAAUCUUCAAAGAAAGUAUCGCUGUUAAGGUAUCAAAUGCGACGGUCGGGUAACCUAGAAGAGACCAAGCGAGUCUUCUUUGACUUGGAGGUUGUAUUAAAAUCCCAUGACUGCCCCUACAUAGUACAGUGUCUAGGAUGCUUCGUCACAGAUUCAGACGUCUGGAUCUGUAUGGAGCUCAUGGCCACCUGUCUGGACAAGCUCAAGCGUUACAAGCGGCCGAUACCUGAGCCUAUCCUCGGCAAAAUUUCUGUUGCUACCCUAAAGGCUCUCCACUACCUUAAGGAAUCCCACGGUGUCAUCCAUCGUGACGUCAAGCCUUCAAACAUCCUUCUAGAUGAACGUGGUAACAUUAACUUUGUACUUCGGAUCUCAGGGAGACUAGUCGAUUCUAAGGCUAAGACUCGUAGUGCUGGUUGCGCGGCAUACAUGGCGCCAGAACGGAUAGACCCGCCAGACCCCGCAAGGCCGGAUUAUGAUAUUCGUGCUGAUGUUUGGAGUUUGGGCAUCACUCUAGUAAGCUUGCUCGGGCAGUUUCCAUAUAAAGAUUGUCGCAAGACUUUGAGGUUGGUGCUGACCAAGGUUCUACAAGACGAUCCACCAUCUCUUCCCAAAGAUGGAAACUUUAGUCCUGAAUUCUGUGAAUUUGUUUAAGAUUGCCUUAUUAAGGAAUACCGCCAACGCCCAAAGUACAAGAAACUACUCGACUAUCCAUUUAUCAAGAAAUAUGAAAGUAUGAAAGUGGAUGUCUCAGCUUGGUUUAAAGAAGUGUGCCGCCAGACGGAAGACAAGGUUCGGAGCUCCCCUCAGAGA